AUGGACCUGAUGACCGAUGGUUUCGUAGAUGACCCAUUUCAAGUCUUAGAAGAUUUGGAUUCCAAUGACUUCCCAGAUUUCUUGAACCAAAACUCAGAAUUAGCUGAUCCUUCUUUGACGCUGUGGUCUAGCGAAAUUUUGAACCAAUGUCCAGAUGAUUCCCCAACCGGUCAGGCUAGUUCUGGACAUAGCCAAAAUAAUCGCAGUUCUUCGCAUUGUACCCAAACUAAAGUAGCAAACGGUGCCCCUGACUCAAUCACGUUAACUUCACCGGUUAUGGAUGUAAGUGAUGAAGGUUAUGUAAGCAAAGUAGAGAAGAGACCACUAAUCGAAGAGUUAGAAUCCUAUAAAGCUGAUCAGCCACAAAUAGUCGGAAAAAGAAAGCUCACCAAAUCCCCCUUAACGGAUGCUGUUGAUAAUUUCGCUUAUGACGGCAUUUCACACAAACGUAGGGAUUAUCGACAGAGGUUAGGGUCCCCAGACACGCUGACUAUAAUGCCGUCCCCUCUGAAUGAACCGCAGAGCUCUUCGAACGAGAACAGUAUUACAUUUAAUGAUUCUGAUAUGGAAACCGACAACUCUUCUGCUCGUGUGUCAACAGCAAAAUCAAAAAGAAGAACACCUCAUAAUUUAAUAGAAAAGAAGUAUCGGUAUUCAAUAAACGACGGCAUUCAGAGACUGAAAGCACUCGUUGCAAGGCCUGAAGAAAAGCUUAGCAAAUCUGGUGUGCUUAGAGCAGCAAUAGAUUAUAUCGACCGACUUAAGCAGGAUAAUGGUGACCUUCAAAAAGAAAUUAUUCGGCUUCAGAAUCUGCUCAUGGACGCUGGGAUCAUAAAGGCACAAGAGGUCGUCGGGUGUAAAACCAGAGCAUUUCGCUCUCAUUCACCGAAAUUUCCGUGCCCUUCUUCGGCUUCAACUUCAUCAGAGCCAUCUCCUUCGUCAGAUAAUGGAGCGUCACAUCCGAUGGUUGACAAAGCGCGUUUGGCUAUUGUUUUGUUUAUGUUCAUGUUUGUGGUUUGCAAUCCUUUAAGCGUUUUUAUUGGAAAAACACCUGAUAAUAUGAAAGGAGGACUUAUUGAGGACAUUAUUCCUGGCCGAGCUCUACAAGAGUACACGGAUGACUCAUCUUUCGAUUCAGAAAGCGUUUGGUGGCAUAGUUCAAUUGUCAUAUGGUCGGUAAAUAUAUUCGUCGUGGUGUGCUUUUUGACUCGACUUUUGGUUUUUGGUGAGCCAGUUGCUGAUGCUGAAUCUUCUUCUUGGGCUCAAUUUUUAAAAAUGAAAGCAGAUGCUCAUGCUUGCAUCAGAAGUUGGAAUUACGCUGAGGCCGAGCGAAAUUUCCAUGAAUGUCUGAAGGUUUUGGAGCGUCCAUUGCCUAAAGCAAAAUACGACGAACUUAUUUCUGUUAUAUGGCAGAUAAUAAGGCAUUUGCUAAACAGUAUUUGGAUUGGUCGUUGUUUCUCGCGCAUACGACGAUCGGCUGCUAAAACAGUUCCUGUAGUUUGUAGAUCUCACGCCCAAACUGCUAUUAUAUACCACCAGUUAAACCAGUUACAUUUAACUGGACCUUAUAAUGGUGGUGGAAAACUUGCUGGUUUGAAUUUUGCUUUAUGCGCGGUAAAUUUAGCAGAAUCAGCGGGGUGUUCUCCUGAUGGUCUAUCGCAUGCCAUGAGAGCCGAUAUAUACAUUAACGCAGCUUUACAGAUGAAGCUUGAGCUACCGCCGUUCAUAGGAGCCAUCCUUUCCGUUUAUUUUAUGAAGAGAGCAAAACGUCAUAUUCAACGUGCAGAGGAUGGAGUGCGGAUUAAGUUGAUGUGGCUUUUCCACCCAAUUGCAAGGCGCUUUACUUCGAAAAAAAAUUUUAUUUCUGAUCACCUUCGGUCUAAGUCGACGGUGUCCCUACCAUACGUUCGCAGCUGUUCAGCAGCUAAACCUAUUGAGCGGUUGAUGUCGGCUUUCAAGCUCGAGAUGCUGAAACUCUUAGUUGGCGAACUGAAUGCUCCGUCUGGUUUGGAAAUUUCGUACUUUUAUGAAGUGUCCCAGCUACUCUUUUCUAUGUGUUCUAGUCCAAAACUUUCUGCUGGUACUCUUAACGUCAUAGAUGUAACAAGCUUUGAUUCACAAGGGGAUGAGAUUUGUGCUUGGUGGACCAAUGUUUUUCUAUGUGCGUUGUACUGGAGGGACUUGAAGUAUGGAUCUGCAGCUGAACAUUACGCAGCAGUUCGUAAAUGUCCAAAGAUACUUCUAGCAGAGCCGGUUUCUCUAGCUGUUGGGCACGCAUUAUGUACCCGGAAGUUAUGCAUCCACGAUCGUGAAAGCGUACUCUUUUGGCGUGUCAUUUGCAUUCAUUCCUCUCGUUCUUUGUUAAGUCUUCGGAAACUAACUAUUCCCAUUCAGUGUUCUCGUACUUCCAACAUUAUGGAGGCCAUAAGUGACAGAGUGCGUCUUUUGUCGUUGGAGUGGCUUCUGAUAAGUUCUUUUGACCUGUGGCGUUCAAAGCUAGAUAACAGAAGACCUUAUUGGCAGCAGCUACCGCCCUUGGAACUUAGGCAUAAUUAUGAAGAGAUUCUUGCCAAAUAUAGAUCAGUUGCAAAAAACAAUCCUGUACUAAUUCGUAAG